CCUUUGUCCCGACCCGACACCCCCAAAAUAUUCCACAUCCCAACCCUAACCCAAGAUUCUUACUCUAGUUCCUUUUUACUUUGUCUUUUUUAACCAACAGUUGUUCCAAUCUCUCAGUAAACUGUUUUCACAAAAUCUUGGAUUUUUAAGUGGGUUCUACGUGUGGCUUUUUCACAAUGGAAGUAGUGAAAUCUUUCACCUCUGAUUUGGGUUUUUUGCAGAGAAAGAUGGCUUCUUUUCUUGCUGAAGCUUUGGUUUCUGAAACCCUAGUGGCUGCUCAUGCAUCCCUUGCUUUCCUUCUCAUGAUGGUAUAUACGGGACCUCUGCUUAAGGAUGUAGUUUCAUCUCCAACAUUGAAUGGAACUGAUCAGAGGUUUCUUUUCUCUGAGCUUCACAGGAGAAAUAAGACUGAACCUGAAGCCAAAGAUGGGAGUGAUGAUGAUGAUGAUGACGAUGAUGAUGGUGAUGAUGCAGAGGAGCCAGAUGAUGGUGGAGAUGAAGAUUUCUCAGGGGAGGAAGGGGAAGAGGAUGAUGAUGAUGAUGAUGACGAUGAUGAUGGUGAUGAUGCAGAGGAGCCAGAUGAUGGUGGAGAUGAAGAUUUCUCAGGGGAGGAAGGGGAAGAGGAUGAUGAUGAUGAUGAUGCAGAUCCUGAUGAGGUUCCCGAGACAAAUGGUAAUCAAGAUGAUGACGACGAUGAUGACGAUGAAGAUGGAAAUGACGAUGAUGACGAGGAAGAGGGGGAAGAAGAGGAGGAAGAUGAUGACGAGGAAGAACAACCACCGGCUAAGAAGAGAAAGUAAAAAAGUUGCAGGGCUUGGGUGAGUAUGUAGUAAGGAGGGUAAGCAUUUUAGGUUUGUCUUGUGAGGGUUUUCAGAGUGUAGGGUUUUAAGUAUCCAAAUCCUUUGUUUAGAAUGAUUAUCAUUUCAUGCUUUCUUGCCAUGGACAGAUUGGUAUGCAUAUAUUUCAUUCCUUGGGUUGAAUCUCUU